AUGUCUGCCGAUUUGAAAGAACUCGAGAAAAAAGUCAUGGAUAUGGAUGUGGAACAAGCUCUGCCAAUAGUUCAAGCAGAAUAUCCAGAAUAUAAAAUUCUUCAAGAAUCACUAUCGAAAGGUUAUCAUGAAAUAUUCUAUCCCGAUACACUUCGUCUUGUACUUGAUGAUGACAAUAAAGUGAAACAAAUUAUUCUUGGAUAA